AAAGUUUUAUAAGCAAUUAUAGAAAAUAUCAACUGCAAAAUAAACAAAAAACGAAACACACAAAGCAAAACUAUAUAACUGCUCCUCAAACAACCCUCCAGGAAGCAGGAGGAAGAAGCGAGACCGCCUGCAGUGGUAAUUGACGCAUGCGUAAAACAUCUCGAAAAGCGCUUCCCUACCACAGAAGAGAAGCACAAUCUCGCGAGAUGUUAGCUGUACUGGACACCGAAACAAACGAAGCGUUCGGAACGUGACGAUAGAGAGAAAAGUACUUCAGCAUUUUUUUUUUUCUCGGUUUCUUCUCUUCUUUUUUCCUUGGCCGGUGAUGGCGGCCGCAACGUCGGCGACGACUCCGCCUGCUCACUGGAGCCGCUUUGAUCAGGAGCAAGACCUAACGGUACGGGAGCUCAUCCGGCAAGUAACCGGCCUGAACGAGCGGAGCCCCGAAACGUCUGGCCAUUUCCAAGCGGCGCUGAAUUUCGUCUGGUCGAACUUCAGGUUUCAUCAAUUUCUUGACGUCAGUAGGCACAAAGUGGAGAAAAUAAUGGAAGGAAUUUAUGAAAAGCUCGUUGUUCACUCGGACCUUGUUAAAGCUGCAAGCUGGAGGAAACUAACAGAAGAGUUUCUGAAUUUGUCUCUUCCCACCACAGAAGGAACAAAGACAGAUACACAUUAUGCCAUACUCUCACUCCUGUUAUGCUUGUCUGAUUCUCCUUCCAACACCAGCUACACAGAAGAACCAAGAGAAAAAGCAGUAGAAAAAGAGGAAUUUGACUGGAGAAAAUACUUAAUGGAAGAUGAAAACUUGGACUUUGUUCCUGAUCUAGAAUCACCAGAGUGGUCAGAUGUAAGUGAUGAAGAAGAUACCGAACCUUUGAGCAGAGAAGACUCUGGCAUUCAAGUAGACAGGACACCACAAGAAGAUCAGGAUCAAAGCAAGAAGUCAGCAUCUCUUGUCAACUGGAAAGAUGAACCUGAUGCACGUACCUGGUUAGAGCAACAUGUAGUGGCUCAGUACUGGACUGGUAGAGUUGUUCGCUUUUCCCAUAGUUUGCAUUUUCAUUCCAAUUUAGCUUCUAUAUGGUAAGUUGCCAAACCCAUUUUUAAAUUAUUACAAUUGUUAUUCACAUAUAGAACUAUACUGACUUAGUUCUUUCUGUUUCCCUGUACAAAUUCUUGUUAUGUUUGUGAUAAAUUAUGUAGAAUUAUAUCUGUAUUCAAAGUCUCUACCAAGAGCACGAUAAGAAAGGAUUUGAAGGAUUACAGAAUUCUUAGAUUAUGCUUUGCUUAUAAGGGGCUUUAAGAUGAUCUAGGUAAGUUCUGAUUUUAAUACACCAAUAGAAUUUUGAGAUACUUUUUCCAAUAAAUAUUUGAAGUAUUGGCUGGUGUGGGUCUUCCGGGCUGUGUGGCCGUG